AAACCGAGCCAAAACCAACUUAGAAAAUGGGAUUGUCUCCCUUUGAAUAGUAAACUUCUCAUUAUGAGCUAAAUAAUAAUGUUGUAUGUUUUAAAAACUGGACCAAUAACCGAACCGGAAAAACUUUUGGGUCAUUGAACCAUGUGGUCCAACCCGAUUCAACCAGGUUUAGUACUUUUAUUAAGAAUAAUACCAUAAUUAUUUUUAUGCCUAUGAAUAUAUAAAAAGUUUGAGGAUCUUUACUCGGCGACGUUUCUUUCCAUAUAUUCAUUGUCUUUGUUGUAUUACUUAGGUUUUUGUAUAAGUAUCAGGUUACAUAUUUCCUCUUUCUCAACUUUCCAUAGAUACCUUUUCUCUUUCUUGGUUUCUAUAGCUUUAUAAAUUAAACUUUGGAAUUACAUGAACACCCAUUCGUUGCUUGAUUACAUUUUACUUCUUAAGAAAAAAUGGAGGUCGUCGGAGGAGAAGUUGAUUAUACUUUUGUUAUUCAGAAAUCUUUGGUUCUCUUGUUAUGCGUUGUACUGUCAUGGAAAAUGAUAGUAUACAUGUGCAAUUUGUUAAAGAUUGAGAAAGAACCUAUAAGGGUUCUGGUCACUGGUGCAGCAGGGAACAUAGGAUAUGCAAUUGCUCCAAUGAUUGCACGAGGUAUGAUGCUAGGUCAAGACCAACCCAUGAUUCUGCAUUUACUUGAUAUAGAACCAGCUUCAAAAUCACUAGAAGCUGUGAAGAUGGAGCUUCAAGAUUCAGCCUUCCCUCUCCUCCACGGCGUCUUCGCGACAACAAAUAUUGACGAAGCUUGUAAAGGUGUGAAUAUCGCCAUAAUGAUCGGCGGAUUCGCAAGAAAAGAAGGCAUGGAAAGAAGAGAUGUGAUGUCAAAAAAUGCAGUGAUAUUUAAAGCUCAAGCUUCGGCUCUAGAGCGAUAUGCAUCUGAUGAUUGCAAGGUUCUCGUUGUAGCAAACCCAGCGAACACAAAUGCCCUGAUUUUAAAAGAGUUUGCACCGUCGAUCCCGGAAGAAAACAUCACUUGCCUGACUCGGCUCGAUCAUAACCGAGCUCAAGCUCGCCUUGCGGAGAAGCUAAGUGUUCCCGUGAGCAGCGUGAAGAACGUGAUCGUCUGGGGAAACCAUUCUUCAACACAGUAUCCAGACAGCAAUCAUGCAACGGUCUCUACAAAGACCGGAGAUCAACCGGUGAGAGAACUACUUGUCGCUGAUCAGAAAUGGCUGAAGAACGAGUUUAGUACAGAAGUUCAGCAACGUGGUGCAGAGAUUCUAAGGGCACGGAGACAGUCGAGUGCUUUAUCAGCUGCUAGCGCAGCUUGUGACCAUAUUCAUGAUUGGUUUCUUGGAACACCGAAAGGAAGUUGGGUUUCUAUGGGUGUUUGUUCUGAUGGCUCUUACGGUAUAGCACCCGGUUUGGUUUACUCGUUUCCGGUUAUCUGCGAGAAAGGGAGUUGGAAGAUCGUACAAGGACUAAGUGUUGACGAGUUCUCCAGAGAGAAAAUGGACGACUCUGCAAGAGAGCUAGCUGAAGAGAAGGCCUUAGCUUAUUCAUGUCUCAAUGUAUAGACGAAAACUGUUAAAAUAUUACAGUCGUGACACAAAAAAUGUAGCAACAAAUAAGUUUGUGGUUCUAAAUCUCUUGUAAAAAUGUACGAGAACUUGAAUAAUAAACGCCGAGGUUCACUAAAAAA